AUGCCCUCUCUGAAAAGCUGUCUUCGUCUUUCUUUCUGUUUUUUUUUCCUUCGUUUUUUUCUUCUAAACAUACAAUAGAAGAUUCCAAAUCUUUGAUGAAAUGAAACCAUUAGCAUGAUCGAGUUUCCAUGCAAAACAUACACUCAGAACCUUCGUUCAGUUUCUCGCUGUGGCAUUAAAACCAAGGAAAAACGUUACCUCGGAAUCAUGUCGUGUGUGGCAGCACGUACUGGGCGACAACGACAGCGUUAUGAAGACAACAUGCGACUCGUUUCUGGAUGCAUUCCCUAUAGAUGGAAAAAGGGAAAAGCAGAUCAAAUGGGAGAUACAGAGGAGAUAAUAGAAGUACUUAUGAUUUCUUCACCAAAACGUGAUGACCUUUUGUUUCCAAAGGGUGGAUGGGAGGAUGAUGAGACUGUCACAGAAGCUGCUUGCCGUGAAGCUCUAGAGGAAGCUGGAGUCAAAGGGAUUAUAAGGGAAAUUCCCUUGGGAAGAUGGGAGUUCAGAAGCAAAAGCAGUAAUGAUUCAUGUAGCCAGGAAGGAUGGUGUAGAGGGUACAUGUUUGCCUUGGAGGUGACUGAAGAACUUGAGACUUGGCCAGAGCAGAAAGACCAUAAUCGCCAAUGGGUAAACAUAAAAGAGGCAUUCAGACUAAGCCGAUAUGACUGGAUGUGCAAGGCAUUGGAGGUGUUUUUAAGAGUUAUGGCAGAGGACAGAACACUAAAGAAUGAGGAAAAUAAUGUUGAGUCUGCUUCAAUUUCAGUGCCAGAUGGGUCAGAAAAUCAAAAUAUGUCAUCCAAAUACUAUAAAAGAACCUCUACUACAAAACACCAUGGUAUGCCAUCAAGAACCAAUAUCCUGGCCCAUGCUUCCCAGGAGAUAGCUAUGUAUUUUGGUUAUUGACACUACUCUUGCAGUGUGCUUCUUUAUGUGGCACAGUAACUUCUUCCAUUUUGGAAAAAAAAAUGUAAUGACACUGUCACCGUUAGUUUGCUUGAACACUUGCAAACUUAAUUUAAGGUAAUUUUAAUUUUGUAAAAGUGAGUUUUGGCUAAAAAUUGAUCUUGAAGUAAACUGAUUUAUGUUAAAA